UAGCCUCACAUACAAAAGGGGUUUAUAUAAAUAUACACUCAAAAGAUUCAUAACCCCUGUUGUAACAGUAAAUAUGUCCAACAAAAAAGGCCUUCAGAUCUUCUCUGUUUGCUCAGCUGCUGGAGGACAAAUAUUUUGUAUUUUAUAUGAUCUGUGUAUUUUUUUCAUUCUUGUCAUCUUUGAUGACCAUCUCCUCCCUUUAUCGCCAAACUCAAGGAACUUAAGCAGAUACUGAUAUCAAUAAAUUUUAAAAAUUUUAUUUUGCUUCACUUGACUUGAUCUCAAGGACGAAAAAGAUUUAGGGUCCUCAGAAUCUGCCUCCAAAUGUUCUUGGACCUCAGAGUUCUGUGAAAAGCAGCAGGACAGUCCAGCCUUACAUCGAAAGUAGAAGCGCAAUCAUUGUAACGUCAUCUUGAGGAACCUUCUUUGAGCCUGUGGCUUGCCUGCUGGGAAGUCAUCAGGCAGGUCUCAUUUCCAUGCUUUAAAACAGCAGUGGACAGCUUAUUUGAGCGAGUUCUGGUCUUAGAUUAAAAAUCAAUGAACGUUAAUCUCUCAGUUCGAUAUGAAGCUUCUGGGUUAAUGAUGAAAAAUCACCUGUAGAUCAGCGCGUUAAUGGAAAAAAACGCCCACCCCUCGCGCGACCCACCUCCCCCCAGUCCUGCGGUGCAGCAUCGGUUUGUGAGCCGCGCGUGCAGGGGGCGCAAGAAGUGGGAGGUGGGCUCCCUCUGUCAUCACCAGCAUCUCCAGCCUAUGGAGACACCAGCGGAGGAGACACUUAACGGUGUCUGCAGAGCGGCGCGGAUCAGAGCGCAGCGCCUGGCGCAACGCAUCCAUCCUUACCCGGGAAGUGACUUCCGAUGCUCCAGAAGCUUCAUGUCCAUCUGCUUCUCUGUGGGAUUUAAAAAGCUAGUGGACAAGUUUGCGCGUGGAUUUUCAAUGGGUAAAAAAACAUGGAACUUUACAAGCUGCUGGCCUCUUGUGGCAUUUUGAAUUCCAGACUAAAAGUUACACUGUGAGUGUUCAGAUUCUCCUCACCCGAUGAUUGAGACAAACACCCCCGGCAUGCUGGACAGGCCUGACCCAGCGCACUGCACUGUUUGCUGCUGCACCAUGGCCAACAGGAUCUUUAUGGUGGUUUUCAUGCUGCUGCUCAUAUUUGCCACCUUGUUUGGGAAUUUUGUGACUCUGGCGGUGGUGUUCGGGACUAAAGUCUUCCACACGCCGCAGGGCUACCUGAAGGCAUCCCUGGCUGUGGCUGAUUUGGCGGUGGGAAUAUUCGUUGUGCCACUGUCCGUCUACGCCGAGAUCCAUCUCAUGGUGACUGAGUCCGGCCCAGAGUGGACUUUGUACAAUUCCCAAUUGGUGAGCUUCCACCCGUGCAACAUCAUCGGACCCAUUUUUGCCGGGUGCACUUUUGUCUCCAUCACAACCAUCUUCCUGCUCACGAUUGAGCGGAGCAUCGCUGUGCUGAGGCCAUUGCACAAGGACUCUGUCAUCACCCGGAAAAGGACAACAAUCCUCAUAGUCCUCUCCUGGGUGGGGAGUUUCUUCUUGGCGGUGUCUCCCAUGGUUUUCAGCAGGGAGAUUGCGCUGGAGUACAACUCCUGUAGCCGGAUGUGCAACUACGCUUUAGGUGCCAUUGGCGAGUUUCCUACCCAGGCCUGGAACAUCCUCCUCCUCUUUCCUGCAUUUGACUUCACCCUGCUUGGUGGCACCGUUGUCAUCAACAUCAUCUCUCUGUCCAGCAUCAGGCAGCACUCAAAACGCAGAAAAACCCUGGCGGAGACGGAAUGCCAUAACACUAGCAACCCCACGUUCUCAGACAUAAAAGCAGCCAAGACCAUCGGGACCCUCACUGUGGCCUUCACAGCAUCCUUCACCCCCAUCGCCGUAUUUGUCGUAGGGAACGUUUUGGGGAACGAAUGGUGCAACUUCUCUUUUUUUGCUUUCUGGAUUUUGGCCACAAACAGCUGCUGGAAUGUUAUUAUUUAUAGUGUGAGAGACCAGAAGUUCAGACUACGAGCACACAAACUUUUCCUGCCUGGUCACAGACAAAGCAGCACCACAAGUAAAACACAAAAGACUGAAGAACAAUGACAAGCUGAGCUUCAACAACAUCUUUUAGUAAAUACUGUUCAGAGAUGUUCUGUAAUUUAUCUUCAAUUUGUGCUGUUGCCUUUUUCACAACAAAAAUGAGCACAGGUUUGUGUGAACUCAAGCUUUGGAUGUGAGUAUUAUUUUCCUCAGUGCGCAUUUUGUCUUGUUCUGUAAAGUAUAUGUAGCCUGCUGGAGUUUGUGGAAUAGUUAUUAAAGAGUGCAGUUAAUUAAAAAAAAUUAAAUACAUUUGUAAUUUGUUUCAUGGGUGCAGAAAUGGAAAUUACUAUGUGGAAACUGAAAAAAGGAGAGAUGUUUUUCUGAUGUUUACCCCGCUGAAGAAUUUAUAUUUGUCUUUUUUCAACUAAACAUUGAGAUUUAAAAAAAGCAUUUACUCCUGAAGAUCUUUUUACUGCUGCAACUCAACAACUUUAGUUGCAAACUUACAGGAGAGUCCUCACUCCCUAGCACAUUAGGGAAAGUUAAUGUCAGGAGUCAGUGCACAAAGAGGUCUGCAUUUAAUUCAGGUACAUUUUUUAUCCUCCUAUCAGAGAUGAAAAGAGUUGAAAACUGGAAAAAAAUAAAAGCGAGUGAAGGUGACAGCCAUUUUACAAACAGUGAUGCGUUUGGCUCAGAGCUGACAAUUUAACACAACUUUCAUCAAAGACGGCGGGUGGCACAGCUGCAUCUCAUCUAACCUUGAAGCUGAAUUUCAAUGGUUCUGUCAAAAGGUGUUUUUGACAAAAUGAUUAGUUUUAAAUGUUAUUUACCUAAAAAAGGAUGUAGUAAUUUUCCUUGUUUUUCUUCUCUUUUCAUUCAGCAAGCUUUUUUCUCUUAUUGCUCGUUUCUCCUUCUGUUUGGAAGGGAAAACAUCCUAUCAUCCUUCUAUCUUUUAAAUCUACUUAAUCCCUUUUUUGGUCACGUGGUUGCUGGAGCCUAUCUCAGCAACUGUCGGGUGAAGGAUGGGUUGCCAGACUAUUGCAGGACCACACAAACACAUCCCUUCAUACCGAGGGUCAAUUUAGAGUAAAAAAUUUAGCUAUAACGCAAAGGACAGUCAAAUCUUUAUCAAUAUGGAAGAACCAAAAUUGAAACAAAAGCCAGGCCAAGCUUAAAUCAAAACUAGAAGUGAAUAGUAACAAGUUACUUUCAUGUUUUACUGACAAUACGUUUUACUUUAACUAGGUAUUAUUAAAAAACAGUAUUACUCCUAAUGUCAGAGGGCAGAUCUCUGUCUCCCCCUCUGGUCAACAGCGGAACGCUCUCCAGAGUUCUAAAUGGAUGUCAUCUCCCAGCAACCCCAGUACUCAG